AUGGUUAUUUCAAACGGCCGGUCGUUUACUUGGACAUCCCCUUUCGAUGCAAGCCCCAAAUCUAUUAGAGAACGUGUGUUUAACGACAAUGUGAAGAAGAUGGAGGCAAUUGUUACCAAAGAAGUCAAGAGGAUCAGCAAAGGAAGAUAUUUAAUCCAAGUACUGCCUGAAGAUCUUCAGCCGUGGGGUCGCCCGAAAUUGAUCCACGACGUGAAUAUCAAAAUGGUAUCGUUGUUGCAUGGAGAUUGGACAUUUCUCUCGCCCAACUCGUAUGCAAUUGAAAUGAUCCAUAAUCCGAAGAUGCCUAAAUCACGCAGUUACGGAUUAAUUGAUUUAGCUAAAACGAAAUUGGAUGACAUCGAAAAUUUGCUGUCCGAUAGAUCAUCUGGCGGAAAAGCGUAUAUUUGCGUGGGACCGUGCGUUGAUAAAGCUAAUUUAGUGGACGUUCAUGAUCGUAUCUUGUUCUUUCCUAUUUCUAGUGAUGUUGAGCCUUCGAUCGAAUUCGAACCGUACGAGCCUUCACCCAUAUACCCAGAUCUCAUUCUUGCUUCAUUUGUUUAUGAAGUAAGCAUCGUCGACAGAGAAGAAUACCAGAUUCCUGACUGGGUCGAAGAAGAAGAUGAAAAAUCAAAGGGGAAAAAAGACGCGGGAAAACAGAAGCCGAAGAAAGAGAAAAAGAAACAACCAGCAAAACAAAUCAACAAGCAGAAGAAUGACGAUUCGAAGGAAGAAAAUCUCAAGCCUCAAGAGGAGAAGCCUUCAUCAGGAGAAAGACCUACUCCUCAGCUUGAACUCGAUAAUUUUGAUGAAGCAGAAUGGGUCACAGUUGGAAGCUCAAAGCCAAGAAAAAACGACUUGCAGAAGCUAUUGAAGGAACCGACAGCCGUUGCCAAGAAAAUCGUCAAACCAGAAAAUCAAGUCUUGAAGGAUGAAAAUGCUGCGCUCAAGGAGAGACUAAGACGGCUCGAAACAGAAAUGAAAUGCUUGAAGAGUGAGAAAACAGCCUGGGAUGCAGAAGUUGGGCACUUCUUCGCCGCUAAUCGGCAAGAAACUGAUAGCGACGACGAAACGAUCGACUCUACAAUGACGAAAUGGGCUGAGUCUUCUUUGGCCAUAAGUGAAAGCGUCAGCAAAAUCGGGCGGCGCAAGGUCAUUCCGAAAGUCUACCCUUCUGAACCUCGUCACAAGCCGAAAGAAUACUUGGAAGGAGGAUCCGGCCGUUACAAUCCGAUAACUGGAAAAGUUGAAUACCCAAAACCGCCAACUGCUCCACAACCAGAGUUCUAG